AUGCGUCAUUUUAAGGUCCCCGAGGAAGCUCGUCUCCGCGUGGUUAUUGUUGGAGCUGGUCUGAGUGGCAUUGCAACAGCUAUCUCCGCUGCACUCUCUGGUCACAGUGUCCAAGUCAUUGAACAGGCAAAGGAGCUCGCCGAAGUGGGCGCCGGUUUGCAAAUCACCCCCAACGCGUCACGUCUGCUCAAAUAUUGGAAGCUGCCGGAGUCACUAUGGGAGGCAGCGGCAGAACCCACGAAGUUAACGGUGCACCGGUACUCGGGCGAGGUCCUGGCGCACGAUAGCGCCUUUGACAAGGGGAUCCGGGCCAAGUACGAUGCCCCCUUUGUGGAUCUGCACCGAGUCGACCUGCAGCAGGCGUUAUAUGCGCGCGCACAAGAUCUGGGGGUAACCUUCCAGCUUGGGGAACGAAUUGAGCGAAUUGACUUUGAUACCACCACUGUGCACUCCGUGGCCGGCAAGCGCUUCACGGGUGAUCUGAUCGUUGCGGCCGAUGGUCUGUGGUCCAAGUGCCGUGAGGCCUUUGAGGGGAAGAAGGACGAGCCUCUCCCGACAGGGGAUUUGGCGUAUCGCAUUGUGCUGACAGCGGACCAAAUCUCGGAUCCGGAUCUCAAGGCUCUGGUCACAAAUCCGGAGGUCCACUUCUGGAUUGGACCCGGCGCUCACGCCGUGGGCUACUCCUUGCGCGGUGGACAGAUGUACAACAUUGUGCUGCUUGUUCCGGAUAACCUGCCACCGGGAGUCUCAAGACAGGCCGGCUCGGUGGAUGAGAUGCAAAAGCUUUUUGUCGGCUGGGAUCCGAUCCUCAACCGAUUCCUCACACACGUUACCGAUGUCGACAAGUGGAAGUUGAUGCAUCAUGGCGAAAUGGAGAACUGGGUAAACGAUACUUCCAAUCUUGUUUUCAUUGGCGAUUCUUGUCACCCGAUGCUCCCAUACUUGGCACAGGGAGCCAAUUCCUCCCUUGAAGACGGUGCCGUUCUGGGUCUACUACUUGGAAAUAUGACCGACAAGGCACAGCUUCCCCGGGUCUUGCGUCUCUACGAGAGUCUGCGCAAGUCUCGCGGGGAGGCAAUUGUGCGCGAGACAUUCAAACAGAGACACGAUUUCCAUAUGGAAGAUGGUGAGGAACAGAAGAAGCGCGAUGAAGUUUUUCUGUCCCAAUUAGGCAAAGAGCUAAAGGGGGCUUUCCCCAGCCGAUGGACAUGCCCAGAGGUCCAGCCUUGGUUAUACGGAUAUGAUGCUGUCAAAGAAGUCGAGAAGGCCGUUGCGCAGAACCCCGAGUUGUUCUCGAAACAAUCACAGUCGCGUUCAUCGUUCUGUGAAAUUUUGUGA